AUGUCCCAAACCGAACAACCUCUCGCCUCGGUUGAAGAACAAGCCCGAGCAACUAUCAAAACAUUAUUUCGAUUUCUGCACGCACAGGGCCAGGGUGACUAUCUGGGUGAGGAGGUCACUCAGCUAGAACACUCGCUACAGUGUGCAUAUCUUGCCACGCAGUCCCCCGAGUAUGGAAAUGACCCCGAGGUUAUCCUGGCUGCACUAUUGCAUGAUGUCGUACGGUUCAUCCCGGCGGCCGAGAAGAUGAACAAAAUGAUAACUCCUGACGGCCAGUAUAUUGGAAGGCAAAGCCACGAGGCUCUAGGCGAGACUUACCUGCGCCAGAUUGGGUUCAGUGAGAAGGUGUGCAAGUUGGUUGGUGCACAUGUAAUGGCCAAGCGCUAUUUGGUCGCGACAGAUCAAAGCUAUUAUGAUGCAUUGAGUGAGACUAGUAAGCAGACAUUGAAGUUCCAGGGUGGCGGAUACACUACUGAGCAGGUCCUGGAGGCGCAACAGGAUCCCCUGCUUGAGGCAAAGCUUUCGGUCAGACGAUGGGAUGAUCUCGCAAAGAAGCCGAAUUAUAAAGUUCCUCUUUUGGAAGCCUAUGAGGAACUUGCUUAUCAAUGUCUUAUUGGUGAGUGA